UUUGCAACUGGCAUCAGUUUUCCUACAACUCUUUAAUCGAAUCGAACGAAUUGCAGUAGAAAGAAAAAACCCAUCUCGUCCAAAAUGAAAGUAUUCGCCAUAGUAUUGAUUGUCUUUGCCAUCAUUGCCGUGUCAUUGGCCCAAGUUCAAGACCCAACUGAUCCCACAUAUACCGGACAACCAGGAUGUUUAACUGAAGAGGAAGUAACGGUUGGACUUUAUCCUCAUUUCCGCGUAAAGAGAGGCUACUGGAGAUGUUCAGUGUUGGGUCAGCCUGCCACCUUGGAAUUGUGUCCCGUUGCUCAAGGAUUCCUAGAAGCUGCGCGUGCCUGUGUUCCAUGGUCUCAAUGGUAUUGGACACCCACUGUUGCCCCACCAAGUUAUCCAGUUGCUGAUGUCACCGAUGUUCCACCUCAGUAGAUUUUGGUUGAUCGUGCUUACCUAUUUUCUCAUAUUCGGCUUUAGGGAAAUAAUGGAAAUUGUUUUCUAAAUUUGUGAUCUGAAAUUUCAAAGUGAUUUUGUUGAUAUUUAAUUUUUUUGUUGAUAUUUGAUUUAUUUUAUAGUUUACAAAAAUUGGCUUCAUGUAAUAUUUAUUGUUCUUUUUAAUGAAAUUUAA